AUGUAUAUUCUUGUGAUUCUGUUUAUUUCUUUUCCAUUAUUUCACUGUAAAUGUAAUAAUGCAAGUGAAUGGUUUAAUGAAAAUCAUCCAUGGGAUUUUCAAUCCGAUGGAAAUGAUAUUGAACGUUUUUCAAUUAUCCGAGCAAAAUAUCCUUUCAAAUUUGAAUAUAGUCUAUGGACGGGUUUAUUUGAAAUACGAAAGGCAUCUUAUCAAUCAGUAACAAAUCAAACAAUGUUAAUUGAAGAUUAUACACAAAUCUAUGAUGGAUUUAUAUGUCAUGCUAUAAAUGGAAAACAAUGUAUUGACUAUGAAAUACGGUUUUGUAUAGAAUAUAAUCCAUGUAGUAUAUCAGCAUAUCCUCCUUAUGAAAAUCAAAUGUUGAGUGGUACAGAAGCUCGUCCAUAUUCAUUACCAUGGUAUGUUUCAAUUCAAUAUGAAGAAAAGCAUAUAUGUGCUGGAACUUUAAUUGAUAAUCAACAUAUAUUAACAGCAGCAAGUUGUUUUCAAGAUAAUCUUAUUCAUAUACCAUAUUCAGUUGUUCUUGAUGCACAUUAUCGAUUAAAUUCUACAUAUCGUAUUUCGGUUGAACGUUUUAUAUUUCAUUCUGAUUAUAAUCUUGGAACAUCAAUAAAUAAUAUUGCUGUAAUAAGACUUAGUCAACGUAUUCAAUCAUUUACUGAUCGUAUUAGACCAGCUUGUUUAGCACAAUCAAUGCAACAACCUCAUAUAUCUAAUCCAUUAAUUGUUGCUGGUUGGUGUACAAUACCAAAUAAUACUUGGUCUAUUUCAUGUACUAAUGAACUUCGACAAGCCAUGUUAACACUUGUAGAUGAAUGUUCUUAUUUUUAUGGAAAAUAUGAUUUUAAUAAACAAAUAUGUGCUGGUACAAAAGAUUCGAAACGUGAUUUAUGUCAAGGUGAUAUUGGUGGUGGACUUUUUGAAAAACAAAAAUAUGAUGUUGAUCGAUGGAUUUUAACAGGUAUUGUUAGUUAUGGAUGUGACUUUGCACCACAAGGUUAUCCAGGUGUUUAUGUACGUAUUAGUGCAUAUUAUGAUUGGAUUCAACAUACUAUUCAACGAAUGAAUAAAGACAAAAUGAAGUAA